CAUCUUGGGACCCACAAAGAACCUUCGUGCCAAGUUUGACUUGGACGGUACAACAACUAACUAACUUCAACCUCAAUUCCAAUUCCUCUUUUUCUUUUUUCUUUUUUUCUUUCCUUUCACCUUUCUAUCAAAUUCCCAGAAUCUAUACACGCGCCACAGAAAAAAGAGAGUUUUGAUUUCAGUUCUUGAAUAACAAACAGAAAAAUAAGGAUGAGUUUUCAAGAUCUUGAAGCUGGAAGGUCAUUCGUGCAAAAGAAGCAACAGCCAAAAGAGCCUUCUCAACUUGUAGCAGCAGGAAUUUUCCAGAUUAAUACAGCUAUUUAUUCUUUUAAUCGUCUUGUUAGUUCUCUUGGUACUCCUAAAGACACCAUCGAAUUGCGUGAAAAGCUGCAUAAAACAAGGCAACGUAUUUCCGAAUUGGUGAAAGACACUUCUGCUAAACUUAGGCAAGCUAGUGAAAUUGAUCAUUAUGAAGAAGUUAGUCCUGCCAAAAAGAUUAAUGAUGCUAAGCUUGCAAAAGAAUUUAGGACAGCUCUUAAUGAGUUUCAGAAGGCCCAGAGGCUUGCAGCUGAGAGGGAGACAAUGUAUGCCCCUUUCAUUCCCAAAGAAGUCCUUCCAUCCAGCUAUAAUGCCCAAGAAGCUGAAGCAAGUUCAUCUAGGAGUCCUGAGCGGCAAUCUCUUCUUGUGGAAUCUAAAAGACAAGAGAUUGUAUUGUUGGACAAUGAAAUUGCAUUUAAUGAAGCUAUCAUUGAAGAAAGAGAGCAGGGAAUUAAAGAAAUUCAGCAACAGAUUAGUGAAGUAAAUGAGAUAUUCAAAGAUCUAGCUGUCUUGGUACAUGAGCAAGGAGUUAUGAUUGAUGAUAUUGGUUCUAAUGUUGAGAACUCUCAUGCUGCUACUGCACAAGCUACUUCUCAUCUUAAGCAAGCUUCCAAGAUCCAAAAAUCUAAUUCAUCCCUGUUGUGUCUGCUCCUUGUGAUUUUUGGGAUCAUCCUGAUCAUUGUCAUUAUAGUUGUUGUGGCUUGACCAGCAUAUUUUGUUGUCAUUAUCUGAGCAUAAUCUCGGGGUACAGUCUACCUCUGUAAUAUCGUUGGUGGCAUGAGCUUCUGCCUAAUCAAACUGGAUGGAUCUACCCUCAACAUACAGCAUAGAAUGCUGUUCUGGCCUGGACUAAGAGACCGUCAUUAAUGUACAGUUUUAGUUGGCAAGCAGUUAAAUUCUCUAUUAUAUUGUCGACUGUCAUUCAAACUCAUACUACAAAAUUGCCCGUGUAAAUGUUAUCCAGCUGUAUGAUCAGUAAAAUAAAAAUUCUAGCCUUAUUUUCCAUAAA